UAGAGAGAGAAGAGGCCACAGAGCGAGGAAGGAGAGAGAGAGGAGACCAUAGCAUAGCAGCUUGCAGCAGCAGCAGCAGGGGAGGAGAGAGAGAACAGAGCAGAGGCACAAGGCAGGCAAGGGCACGCGGUGCUCCUGCUUGCCCCCACCUCCUCCCUGUUCUAUACUCUCGCACGCCCCCCGUCCCCCACCCCAUCAGACGCGCCGCGCCAAGAACUCCCCCCUAGCCACAAGCCAUCCCCGGGUUGCGCUGAGCUGCCUGCCCCCCAGAUCUCGCCGCGAGAUUAUGUGGGAUUAGGUAGAUGAGGGCGGCGCUGUUCGGUGUCGAGCGGAACGGGGCAGCAGACCUCGUCGGCGGCGGGAAGGCGCUGUUUUGGCCGGAGGGGAAGGCGAAGGCGCUGGUGGAGCCGAGGUCCGUGCUGGACUGCACGCGGAGCCCCAGCCCCAACAACUCCACAUCGACGCUGUCGUCGUCCCUGGGCGGCGGCGCCGCGGACUCGACCGGCGUGGCGGCCGUCUCGGACAGCAGCGCCGCCGCCGCCGCCGAAGCCACCAAAUGGGGAGCCCCUGGCGAGCACGGCGGCGGCGGGAAGGAGGACUGGGCCGGCGGAUGUGAGCUGCCGCCGAUCCCCGCCGGCCUCGACAUGGGGCUCGUCGGCGGCGACAGCUGGGACGCCGUGCUCGGCAACGCCGCCGCCGCCGGGCAGGACCAGACCUUCCUCAACUGGAUCAUUGGGGCCGCCGGCGACCUGGAUCAGCAGGGGCCGCCGCUUCCCGUGCACCAGCAGCAGCUCCUGGACAAUGCGGGCUUCGGGUUUCCGGCCGCGGACCCCCUGGGCUUCUCGCUCGAUCCCCACCUCGGCGGCGUCGCCUCUGACAUGUCGUCCCCGGGCCCUGUCUCGCACACUACCAACAGCGGCGGGGGCAGCAAGGCGUCCUCAGCCUUCGGCCUCUUCUCGACGGAGUCCGCCUCCCUCCAGACGCCGCCGCCUCCGGUGCUGUUCCACGAAGGUAUCGACAUAAAGCCCCCUCUUCUCGGUGCGCAGCCGCCCGGCCCGCUCCUCCACCAGUUUCAGCACCAGCCGCCGCCCGCCACAACCUUCUUCAUGCCACUCCCAUCUUUCCCCGAUCACAACCAGCAGUCCGCACUCCUCCAGCCUCCGCCUAAACGCCAUCAAUCCAUGAGAGAUGACCUCUAUCUCGCCAGAAACCGGGCUGCGGCGGCGGCGGCGCAGGGUCUCCCAUUUCCACCACUGCAUGGCCCUGCUCCAUUCCAGCUCCAGCCUUCGCCGCCGCCGCCCCACGGGGCGAUGAAGACGACAGCUGCGGAGGCGGCGCAGCAGCAGUUGCUGGACGAGCUGGCUGCGGCGGCAAAGGCCGCCGAAGCCGGCAAUUCCAUUGGCGCGCGAGAGAUAUUGGCGCGGCUCAAUCACCAGCUUCCCCCGCUCGGGAAGCCGUUCCUCCGCUCCGCCUCCUACCUCAAGGAGGCCCUCCUCCUCGCGCUCGCCGAAGGUUACCACGGCGCCUGCCGCCUCACAUCACCACUGGACGUUGCCCUCAAGCUCGCAGCGUACAAGUCUUUCUCUGACCUCUCGCCCGUGCUCCAGUUCACCAACUUCACGGCAACACAGGCGCUUCUUGACGAAAUUGCAGGCAGCACAGCUUCCUGCAUCCAUGUCAUUGAUUUUGAUCUCGGUGUUGGAGGCCAGUGGGCAUCCUUCUUGCAGGAGCUCGCACACCGCCGCGGCGCAGGUGGUGCAGCUCUGCCGUUCGUUAAGCUCACUGCCUUUGUAUCAGCUGCUUCCCACCAUCCACUGGAGCUGCGUCUUACCCGGGAUAACAUUGCACAGUUUGCUGCAGACCUUGGAAUUCCUUUUGAGUUCAAUGCUGUCAGUGCGGAUACGAUCAAUCCUGCGGAGCUCAUUUCUACCACUGGCGAUGAAGUUGUAGCUGUUGUCCUCCCUGUUGGUUGCUCUGCUCGUGCACCACCGCUGCCGGCAAUCCUUCAGUUGGUGAAACAGCUUGGCCCUAAGAUUGUGGUUGCCAUAGACCAUGGCGGUGAUCGUGCUGACCUUCCGUUCUCGCAGCACUUCUUGAAUUGCUUUCAGUCUUGUGUGUUCCUCCUUGAUUCACUCGAUGCCGCUGGCAUUGAUGCUGAUUCUGCCUGCAAGAUUGAGAAGUUUCUAAUUCAGCCAAGAAUUGAGGAUGCGGUGCUUGGGCGGGGCAAGGCGGAGAAGCCAAUGGCAUGGAGGAGUGCAUUUACAGCUGCUGGGUUUGCACCUGUUCCACCCAGCAACCUGGCGGAGGCACAGGCCGACUGCCUCCUGAAGCGGGUGCAGGUCCGCGGCUUCCAUGUGGAGAAAUGUGGGGUUGGGCUCACACUCUAUUGGCAGCGCGGCGAGCUUGUCACCGUAUCAGCAUGGCGGUGCUGAUCAGCAAUCCGCAAACCGCACCUGUGUCUAUCAAUGUUUCACCACCAUUCGCUGGCAUCUUCAACUCCAGUAAUGUGUAUUUUGUCCUGCAAUUAAAUAUUGCAAAGAAAACUAAUAUCUUGGUGUUGAACACUUCAUGUUGAUUCUCUUUGCAGCUUAUUAGCUAGAACUAGUGGGUUUAGCAAUGCUGGUGCCAGUGUCUCUAGUGUAAUGAUGUUGUUCUAGGUUUCUACCAUGCUUGCUCUCUGCUCACUCAGACAUUCUCAUGUCAUUUGAUACACUGCUUGUGAGGAGAGGGUAUAAUUAACCUAUCAAAUGUUUCUGUGGUACAGUAUUAAUAUGUGUUCCUAUUUCUUUA